GUCUCACCUUCCACAAAACACAAUAGGCCUUAUGUCGACACUCCCAAGGAUGCUCAAGACAAGACAACUAUUGUCUCGGUAGCUCAACCUGGAGGUCAAGAGAGCGAGCAAACAAAAAAGCGGAAGAAUAUGUUUGAACGGACGCUAUGGACAUUCAUCAUGAUUGGUGGAUUCCUUACUUUUCUAGCUAUGGGACACGCUUAUAUGGUCAUUCUCGUCAUGAUAUGUCAGACGCUUGUCUAUCGCGAAGUUACUCGGCUGUUCACACUCACAAGGUCAAAACCGGAUGAAGACUCUGGGAAAGACCCAUGGAGUAAAACCCUUAAUUGGUACUUCUUUGCUGUCACGAACUAUUUUCUCUACGGAGAAAGUAUAAUCUAUUACUUCAAACAUGUCGUCUUCGCAGACGCUAAUCUCAUGCCAUUCGCUACGAAUCAUCGGAUCAUCAGUUUCACUCUCUACACGAUCGGGUUCAUGGGCUUCGUCAUGUCCUUGAAGAAAGGAUAUCUGAAACAGCAGUUCGGUCUAUUUUGCUGGGUGCACAUGAGCUUGCUACUUGUCGUAGUCUCCAGUCACUUCAUCAUCAACAAUAUUCUCGAAGGCCUUAUUUGGUUCUGGGUACCCGCGUCGCUCGUUAUAUGCAAUGACGUCUUUGCUUACAUCUGGGGCAUCACAUUGGGCCGUACACCGCUCAUCAAACUUUCGCCAAAAAAGACCGUCGAAGGCUUCGUUGGCGCUUUCGUGAGCACCAUCAUCUUUGCCGUCUUCUGGGGAAUGUACUUCAGCCAGUUCAACUACAUGAUCUGCCCUGUACAUGACCUGGGGGUCAACGUCUGGAGUGGAAUGCAAUGUAUUCCGAAUCCUGUCUUUGUCUGGAGGGAGUGGAUCCGCAGCGAAGUCACAACUAUUCCGUACACGCCGUACCAGAUUCACUUAUUCUUCAUGGCAUGUUUCGCCUCGCUUGUCGCGCCUUUCGGAGGAUUCUUUGCGUCGGGCUUCAAGCGUGCUUUUGAUAUCAAAGACUUCGGACACAGUAUUCCAGGACACGGUGGAAUGACGGAUCGCAUGGACUGCCAAUUUCUGAUGGGCGUUUUCACAUAUGUCUACUAUAGUAGUCUCAUCCGUGAGCACCAUGUGACUGUCGGAUCAGUGCUCCAGACAAUUGUCAGCGGGCUCACUGUUGAUGAGCAACUUGAGCUCAUCCUGGACUUAAAGCGAUACUUGGAAGGGCAGGGUGUCGUCGUACCUAGAUGAGCGUUAAACCUAGUAGUCGGCAGUGCGAAAUUUCACAAUACAGUAUCAGACCAGCUUAGCAUCGCUUUCCCAUACGAUAUCAUUGUAAUUCACGAAGAAACGAAUAUGGUCGCGUUCCGUCGUGUACUUAUCAGGACGAUAUCAUUGAUAAUGAAUGUUGAACGACGG